AUGAACCUUUCGUUAAACGAUUCUGGACUGAAAUACUGGAGCAACAGCCACGAAGGUUUAUGGAAUCGCUUUCUAGUGUUGUGCUUCUUGUCUGCUGUUUAUCUCUCAGUCUUGGCGGUUUUAACAACUCUCGCAAACGGAGUUCUACUCAUAGCUCUCUACCAAGAUCCUUUUAAAGUCUUCCGUCAACCGCCUACCAUCUUCAUCACUGGCUUAGCAGUAGCUGAUUUUUUAACCGGCCUUGCUGUGGAUCCACUUUUCGCCUACUUCUACUUCGAAGUCUAUAGGGACACAAUGAGCGCGGAACGUUACAAUAGCAUUUUAAAAGCGGCUGGGGUUUUAUCCAGCGUUACAAUGAACGUGUCGAUUCUGACGAUUCUGUUUCUCUCCUGGACUCAAUUCAUUGCAAUUUCGUUUCCUCAUCGCCACAAACAGCUGGUUACAGGGAAAAGAGUCUUGGUUUGCGUUUGCGGAAUAUGGGCUUAUUCUCUGCUGUUUUCGAGCUCACUUCUCAUGGGCGUCCCUGAAAAGGCGUUUCAAAAAAUCGACGUCUUUCUGAACCUGACACUCAUUCAUCUACUGGUCCUUUUCUCUUACAUUGCGCUGCAGGUUUCGUACAGGCGUCAGUUAGGGCAGUUGAAUCCUUUGCAGGCAAACGCCAUUACCUCCAUUCAACUCACAGAUGCCUGGGAGCACCGCCGCAGAAAAGACCAAAGGCACUUUUUUGUAAUAAGCUUGUUACUCGCGACCUGUUUGCUUUUAUUUGUGGCUCCAGUGACUGUAAUGUGGUAUGUUACCCUUUACUAUACACCACAAACUUACGAGGGGGUGGUAAAAGCCACAAUGGCUAAUGUUAUAACAGAUGCGAAUUUAUUUCUUAAGUUCUUGAUCGACCCAUUCAUCUACGCGUGGAGGCUUCCCAAGUUUAGACAAGCAGUGAAGGCGAUUUUCUCAAAAAGAAGAUCCUCGAAUAUGGAUUCUAUAACCAUGGUUAGUUUUAACUUGCGGUUGUCAAGAAAUCAAAUACAUUGAAACAGUUUAAUUUUAAGACACACCGACAGAGAGACCUACAGAACUAAACACACUUGCUUUAUACUUAGUGGAACGAUCUACUAGAGUAGCUAGUUACCAGGUUAACAUGCAAAACUUGAACAGCAUGCGGCCACCAGACACACUGAAAAUAAAAGUUGACUUUGGUCAGUUUUCUGAACAGCUUUCCCGCAGUUCCACUAGACAGGAGUUUUUUUUUUCUUUAAACCAUUAUCAGAGGAUAUCGCCCAAAAAACGUCAAACAUUGUUAUAUUGUUUUUUUCUUUUAACUUUCUUAAUUAUAAGUUCCCCGGAAAAGUUGCUACUAAAUUAAGAAGACUGCUUCUACCUCUCUUAACCAUUAAAAGUCGGUGGGGGAGGUUGACUUUGUGAAUUAAAGUUAAAGACGAAGGCUUAUUUACUGAGGGCAAAUACGUCAAUUAUUGCUCAACUUGAGAUUUUUCAAUAAUUUUGAAUUCUAUGAACUUGAGAAAUUGGGAAUAUUUAUUAUAUUGUGCUAUUUACAUCGUUCUUAUACUAUUGCUUAGAGUCUAAUGACAUCGCAUGAAAAAUAUAAGAGAAAGAGGAAAAAAGGACACGCAUGAUGGCAAAGCAAAAUGUGCACCGAGUUUAAUGUAAAUCAAAAAGCAACUGGCGUACGUAACUCUACUUAGUUUACGUAUAUUAAACGAUUGCCAGGCACCGCUUUGCUAAUUCAGCUUAUAGGCUGCCCGCUGAAGUUGAUUAUUUGUCAUAAUGAAAGCGAAUUUUAUCGUCUUUUUUUCACAUUUGCUUUUAGAAAGAAAUUACAACUGAAAGGUGUUUUACUUGACAAUAGUGUCUCUGAGUAAGCCCUGCUGUCACUCAUCCUCGGCUGUGUAUGAUUUCACCUGCUCAUCCCGGUGCCUUUUUUAUUUAUUUCAGACAACCAAAAUGAAAAAAAAAAAACUUUGUCAAUAAGAGACCUAAACUAAUGGUUUCGUUUUGCUUCCAGUUUUUUCCUAACAUUUGCACUAGAACUAUUAUUAAUUCAUGAUUUUGUCAGCGAAUUCCAGGCGGGCAGAACGACAAUGAAAGUAUUAAUAAAUCCUUUUCCCAUGUUUGGUUGAAAAGCCGAUAAAACAAAUGCUUUAUUUGGCUUGUUAGGCCAUCAGUUUCCAAAUAUAUAGUGUUUCGCUUUGCAUCACUCGCUUUCUUUAGUUAGAGCGAGGUGGUCGGUUAGGCACUGUCAGCAGGCAUAGACUUAAAUAACUGUAUUCGCGCGAUCACCCUAUCGACUCCAAAUACGAUUCCUGUGAAUGUUUAUUUAAACACGACUGAAAAAUCUUACGUGAAACCUUUCUUAAACAAAUAAAAAGAAUGGAAGCGUUUUCUAAAUGAUAAUAACAAAAGGUGAUGUAAAUCGCUUCAUUUAUUAAAAAAGAGUAACACGACCUGAACUACGUUCCGGUUGACCGAGGCCCCGUUGAGAAAAGUAGUCCUGGGAAAGAGGAUCACCCUCCCAGCGAAGGACUCGGCCAACAGACAGCAGCCAAGCUGCCGCGUGUUCUAAUUGUCUCGCCCUGAGCGAGUUGACCCGGCUGGGCGAGCCCAAACUCUCAUAUGGAGAAAGGUUGGCCCGGCUUAGAGGGUGACCGUACUGUCACAAAAGGGUGACCCGACAAGGCAGACCACCCGUUAGACUGUUCACAGUCCUCUAUUUUUCCGUAAGAUCAUCGAGAUAGAGCGCUUUGUGUUACGGGCUGCCAUCUUGCAUGAGUGUCAAAACUACUUAUAGGGGCGGGGGCGGUUUGGGAGGAGGCGCCCUCCCCCCCCUCCCCUUCUUCCCAGAGUUAUAAUUCCCGACGCCCGCCCCUCGGUACAUUUGAAAAUCAAGAUACCCGUGACGGUAAGACGCGGCAUAUCUAAACGAUCUCACGAAAAAAUAGGGGACUGUGAACAGUCUAGCCACCCUUCCACCCUAGGUAACUUUUUGUUUCUCAUGUCAACGACUCGGCAAUUUUUGUAAGAACAUUUAAUAGCAAAGUGUGCCUUGCCCAGGGUGGCUCGGGUAGGCGAGUGACCCUUCAAACGAAGACUGGAAUCGCCGGAGAGCGGAGGAAAUUCAGCCUAGAGGAUGUUGUGAUCAGGCUAAAAGCAAUUAAAGGAAAUUAUUUUCUUUAGACCCAAAAGGGACUCGCCAGUCCGUCUAAGCUAGAUGUCCGUCUUUUCCGGCUGCCUGUCCGCGGCAUAGAGCAGUAUUAUACUGCGUAAAGUGGGUCUUGUGUUCCUGAUCGCCUCCUCUGGAAAUUAAUUGUCAAUGAAUAAUUUGAAAUUAAAGUUUUACAGAGAAAACUGUCUAAACGUUAUCGAAAUAUUGAACCUGUGCCAAAAUAUAUUAUUGAAAUUUGAAUUAUGAGCACAAAAUAUAAAAGGGAAAUACAUCAAGCAAUAAAUUUCGCCAUAGCAUGGAGCAGUUUAUUAUUUGAACAACUUUAAUUGACAGGUGAAGGCUCAAGGAAUUGACCAAGCCUACGCCACAGACGCAACUAAAUUUCUGGUUAAGUCUGUUUGCAAAACAGCGCCGAAAUCCUUGUUAGAUUACUCUGCGACACAAACAAGUUGGCCAAUCACAAGGCUGAACUGACAAGACUUCAUGACGUCACGGCGGCCAUAUUGGUGUUCCAAAACAAUAAAACGGCGGCCAUGUUGGUGUACCAAGACAACCCUAUGGGAAUUGAACUCUUGUCUUUUGUAAAAAUUUUCUUUUGUUGGUAUAAAUUAGCAUAGAUGCUGGCUACGUGAGUGAAUACGCCCUAUAUAAGUUUUUGAAGUCAACAGGUUAAUACCCAGAACAACCUUUGGAUAAUUAGCCCGUCAGUCUGUUGUUGUGAUGGUAUUUAAACGUAAAAGGCUCAUAACAGUUUAAAUACUAGUUUGAAGAUAGAAUGAAACCAUUAAAGAAUCUGAGUGUUGAUUACCCACAAGCACUGCAUUUACAGGUGCUAUGAUCAUGCCACCCUGAAUAUCAGUGAAUAGUUGGAGCAGGUCCUCUUUUAUAAACAAACGGAUAAGAAUUAAACUUGGUAUUUGAAGCCGCUUGAUGAAUUCAACUUCACAAGACAUCAAGGUAUUGUAGACACUGCUUGAUUUAAAAAAAAAUGGUUUUAGGUUUGUAAACGAAACGCACCCGUUAAUUAAGCGUGAGGACAAUUGCCGAUGAGUCUUUAUAUAGACUUUUUAGUGGAGUCUAAAAAUCUUGUUGAAAUUACAAUUAGCGAUUCAUCUGACUGAUAGAAUCACAGAGCUGAGCAAACUACUCUCUCCCGAGUCCCUCGGCCAAAGACGGGCUCGUUUUAACAGUAAUAGGGAAAUUUAGAGUGGGCAUAUGACAUUAGUGAACAAGUCAAAAGAAAAUAACAGGUUGAAUAUUUGAAUAUAAAUUUUUUGUUCUGGAGAAAAAUAUUGCUUGGAAAACGGGAAUCCUGGUCUUUGAAAUCAGGAAUACAGUUCAAGGAAUCUGGAAUUGGAUCUGGUAUCCAAAUUCCACUGAGAAAAAAUGGAAUCCAGUACAUGGAAUCCAGAGUCCAAGACUGUCUUGGAUCCCUCAUUAAUUUGCAUGGAGCGAGAAUAUGCUUCAUUCAGAUAAUAUAAAAUUCCAACAUUUAAACUGCGCAUCUAAGUAAACGAGAGCGCUAAGAAAUUGAAGGUCAAAUUAAGCAACAUUCGGUCGACGAUUUUUAAAACAUCUUCGUUCACCGGCACCAUGCAUGUCUUUGACACUAGUGUACAUGAGAACAGCUGUGGGGAUUGUUUAAACACACUUUUCCAACCCUUCUUUCACCCAUUACUUUGGUGUCCUCAUUUAUAGCACACCGUAAAAUUCCGAAAAUAAGCCCCGGGGAUUGUAUUUUUCAAAGGCCCUUUUUUGAAGGGCUUAUUUUUGGAGGGGCUUAUAUUCGGAGAGGCUUAUCUACGGAGGGAAAUUUGCGUUUCAAAAUCGAUUGGGCUAGCCUUAUAUAGUUGGAAGUAAAUUUACCGUUUUAGCUUUGUUUUAGUUUGUAUUUUAGGGCAAUUUUCCAAGUACAAGCCCCCCGGGGGGCUUAUAUUUGGAGAGGCGAUUUAACGGAGGGUUUUUUGUGUUACUGGUUUGGGGGGCUUAUAUUUGGAGGGGCUUAUUUUCGGAAUUUUACGAUACUAUGUUGUGAUCAUGAAGUAUUUUGAAUUCAAAACUUAUUAUAUUUUUAAGAUCUAUCUCAUCUUUUAAGUUUCGGAGUGUUUCAUUGAUCUUGGGUAGGUCAUGGUUAGUAAGGAUUUUGCCACAUGAGUAUUUUCCUGUUUUGAUCUUUUAAUUCUUUUGUGUCUUAAGCCGAGUGUGUUUAAUUUUGCGGUUCUGUAAUUUAACCCGAGUCUCCGAACCAGCUGGUGUGGGAGGUGCCCGAAUGGUCGAACAUCCUGCAACGCGCCGCGCUAGACAAGCCGGUGCAUAACAACAUGCAAAUAGGGCAGCAAUUACCUUAUAUUACUUUUUAACAAACGUUUUUAAAAAUGAAGAAUGAAAUUUUAGCGUUCAAUAUAUUUUGUUGCCUACAGAUUGUCCCUGUUCGCUGGACUGUUAGUAAAGAAUGCUGCAUGUUUUUACAAGGUCUGUUGUCAAAGCAACAUUGGAUCUGCCUCGCUUGUUCUUUUGGUAUUGUGAUCUUGACUAUUUACUCAGGUAAGCAUAGAAGAGAGUUAGUUGCCCUCUUAGGCCACCGUUUACAAGGAAAAAGAAAAAAAAGAAAACAGAAAAAGGGUCACCUGCGCGGGUACUCCUUAUGAUGUCCUAUACAGGGAGGCUCCGCCCUUUUUAGGCUUCAGGUCCUUGAGGCCCCAGUUGCUCAAAAGUUGGAUAGCACUAUCCACCUGAUAAAUCACUAUCUCAAGGAUAAGUGUCAGGGAAACCACUGCGCUCUCCAGUGGAUAGUGAUUUAUCCGGUACAUAGCGUUAUCCACCUUUUGAACAGCUGGGGUCAGGAAGGCCGGUACGGAUUUUUUGAAGUAUAUUAAGGGGUAAGUCUGUAAAAAGACCACAAGAGCGACAGAAGGAAUUUAUGGCUGUGAAAGAGUCGCGAAAAUUUUCUGGUUUUGUGAUUUAUUCAUAUUUAAACUAAAAGACAGUGCAUUUCAAGCAAAUAAAAGGAAUGCUAAGUUGUAAACUAGAUAUGUGAAAGGGGUACCAUUUGACAUUGAAAGGUGUACGAAAGCAGUACCUUUUCUUCCAAAAACGGUGUUGGAUCUCGGGGUGGAGCCUCCCCACAUAAAACUUUGCUGAGUAACUCCUGGGGGGUCACCCUCCCAGCCAAAUCGACUUUAGCGAGCGUUUCAGUGUGGGGAAAAAGUAGACACCUUUGAUCGAGCAAAGAGCUGUCAACAGAACUAGAGCAUACUUAGUCGGAGUUUUACCCGGCUUGGCGUGCCAAAGUGUUUAUAUGGAGAAAGGUGGACCCGGCUAAGUGGGUCGCCCUCCUAGCCGAGCUAACUUCUUGGUUUCUCAUGUAAAGGGUGCGCCAAGUUUCGUAAGGAAAUAUAGGAAAAGCUGGUUCGCACAGGGUAGCUCGGUCAGGCGGGUGGCCCUACCUUCCACCCGGAAAAAGUUUUGUUUAUAUAAACGGGUUCUUAAGCAACUCUGUGCACCAAGCUUUGGAUUAAAUGUCUGCCAGGCCUCCCAUGAUAGUCCCUAUCGGGCGACCAAGUUUUAUCGCUUUUGAACCACUCUUCCAAGUUCGAAGAAAAGUGAGUUGGACGGCUAUAAGUUGAAAGUUUUACUUAUCAAAGUUCGGUAAAAAUUAUUCCUAUCAUCUACUCCACAUUCGUAGGACCAGUCCUGUUCCAGUCAAAAAAGUAUUUACAGCUAAUCCCUUUUUUUUCACAUUCUAAAAGUUAAAUUAUGUCUUUCCUUUAUUUGAAGGCUACAAUUGUGCAAACAAUGCUCGCUUGGACACACCCAAAGAUCAACGCACUUUUAACAUCGUACCUGCAAACAGCAACUAUCAGCUAGGAAAAGAAGGCGUUGGCCCUUGCCUUAAGGAUGCUUUUAAAGACAUUUUGCUUGUUGUUGUGUACAACUACCCGUUUUACGACACUAUACCUCACCUUAGCGCGCUUUACAGACCAGCCUUUCCUCAUCUUUUAUUCUGCGGACCUCCUCAUAACACAACUCGCUCUGGAAUCCUCACUGUUAAUAUCUACAGAGGUAUUCUGGGAUAUGAGUGCCUUGGAAGAGCGAUACGUGAGCAUCCGGGAUACAGGGGCUAUUUUUACAUCAGUGAUGACGUAAUUCUUAAUUAUUGGAAUUUCCCGGAUUUUGACCGGGAAAAGAUAUGGGAGUCGUCGUUUUCCUUUGGAUCGACUCCGGUUUACGAGCCUGCACGCACUGAUUGGUACUGGUGGAUUUCCCCGUACGGUUUAAAUAACUGCCGAAGAGCUUGCGAAGAUGUGGCGAAUAUGAAUUUCGGUGAGAAGAAACUCAACGUUAAGUAUCACCUAAGUACUCUCUCCAAGAACAGCAAUGGAAGCCUGCGCUGCUUUAGCGGUCGCUCGGACAUUUUGUACAUCCCAAGAAAACACGCAAAAGCGUUUUCAAUUCUGGCGGAAACGUUUUAUGAACAGAAGGUUUUCUUGGAAAUUGCUAUACCCACAAUAAUUCGGUUCUUGGAACGAAGCGAGAACAUAGGUCGACUUCCAGGCUAUUAUAUACCGGGAGAUGUCAGAAAGAAUGAUUUUCGAGUGACUGAUAGCAGGUAUUUCUGGUUUGUAUAUUUUCCAAAGAACAAGAUAUGGUUCAUUCAUCCUUUUAAACUUCAUGGACAAGAAAUGGACAAGAAAUUUAACUUAGUUAUGUUAAAAUUCAUUCUCAUAGAAAAAGUGAGAUCGCAAACAAGCUGCGCACACAGUGUGAGGUAG